ACCUGAAACUGAAAACUAUUGUGCGAAAAGAUAAUUUGAGCAGUUUAAGAGUUCCGAGGAGAGUUAAGAGAACAAAUUGCUGUAAGCUCUUCAUUAUUUUUCUGAUAAGAGAACAUUUUGCACCUAAAAAUGUCGUCAAACAAGCCAUUUAAAGUGCUGAUCGCACAUACCGAUGUUCCGCCAGAGGGCAUUGAAAUACUGAAGGAGAAAUGCGAGAUCCUUCAAGUGAAAAGUGAACCACCAAACAAUCGAAUUGAAAUUCUCGAGAAGAUCAAAGGAGUUCAUGCAGCUAUUUGGGGAGGUAGGGAUAUCCUAAAUGCCGAGGUUUUGGAUGCCGCUGGUCCGCAAUUCAAAGCGGUAUCCACAAUGUCCUCGGGAAUAAAUAACGUGGAUGUCCCGGAACUGAAAAAGAGGGGAAUUCCUUUGGGAAGCACUCCUGCGAUGUUAACAGUUGCGGUUGCCGAUUUGGCAGUGGGUUUACUAAUCGCUGCUGCUCGGAGAUUCCAAGAGGGUCGAAGGAAGAUCGAUAGCGACAACUGGGAUAACGACCAUUUAGACUGGAUGCUGGGUCAGGAUAUUCGAGAUUCAACAGUGGGAUUUUACGGUUUUGGAGGCAUUGGUCAGGCAGUAGCUAAGCGCUUGUUGGGUUUCGAAAUCGAUAGGGUUCUCUACACCACUAGGAAUCGUGUAUCGGAGGAUAUCGAGAAACAGUUAAAUGCCACGAAGGUGGAUUUCGAUACCCUUUUGGCUGAAAGUGACUUCUUAGUCAUUGCAUCUCCAUUGACCAAAGAAACCCAGGGAUUGUUCAAUGCAACCGUCUUCAACAAAAUGAAGAAAACAGCUGUGCUAGUCAAUGUUGGUAGAGGCAAAAUUGUCAACCAGGAUGACCUUUAUGAUGCUUUGAAAUCCAACCGAAUCUUUGCAGCUGGAUUAGAUGUUAUGGAUCCUGAGCCUCUUCGAUCCACAGAUAAAUUAUUAGCUUUGGAUAAUGUUGUGGUCACUCCACAUGUGGGUUAUGCAACCCGGAGAACCCGUAUCGAUGCUGCCACUUUGGCGUCCAAGAAUAUCCUCAAAGGAUUGGCUGGCGAACCUAUGCUGUCACCUGCAUACUGAAAAUGUAUUCCAAUAAUAAACUUAGUUUAUGUUUCUGCCUUUUGAAAAAUCGUAAUUUGUAUGAAAUUUAAUGAUAACUUUAUUAGAAAACUCUUUUCAGUCA